CCUGGAGUUUAGUUGCCGGCCUUAGAAAUUAUCACUGAUGAUAUUAAUGGGACAAUAAACAAAUGGCUCUUCUUUUUUGACUUAUUAGCCUCCAUUUAAUAUCUCUCCUUAUCUCAGCGUUGAAAAUGCUUAAAUAGUAUGCAGGUCGGCGAAGUCCUUCAAGAAGCACCUUAGGACUUAUAUUAUCAUGAGAGGCCAACAAUCAGUAGAGACGGCGGUUGGCGUUCCGGCCGGUGAGGUAUGGGAAGCUUAUCGCGGUAUUGAGCUUGGAAGACUCGUCGAUCAACUACUCGGCGACGUUGUUGGCAAAGUUGAAGUAGUGGAAGGUGAUGGAGGUGUUGGCACCAUUGUCAAGCUCACAUUUCCUCCUGGAACACCUGGAAUUGGUUACCUGAAGGAAAUAUUUAGGAAGAUGGAUGAUGAAAACCGAGUGAAGGAAACAGAAGUAAUCGAAGGAGGUUAUAAAGAUCUGGGUUUUGAUGUUUAUCGUAUUCGGUUGGAGAUUAUUGAGAAAGAUAGAGAAUCAAGUAUUAUCAGAUCCACAGUUGAGUAUGAGAUAGAUGAUACUAAACCUGAACUUGCUUCUUUUGUCACCACCAAGCCACUGGAGGUUAUGGCAGAAACAAUUGGGAAGUAUCUUAUUGAGAAGAAAUCCGCUCCAUAGAGCCUAUUUUCUCCAUUUCUCACCAUUUAUGAGUUUCUCAUAUGAUGUUAAUAUGGAAUUUCUUGAUGCUUUUCUUGAAGGAUUUUCGCUGUUCUAUUGACAAAAUAAAGUCAAAUAAUAGAAGUUUUCCAUGCUUUUCUUUGUUAA